AUGCGGGCUCGCAAAACCAGAUUGGACUCCGGGCUCCAGACCAAGAAACGCAAGAUUCAUAACGAGUCCUCUUGCUCGUCUCCGGCCGACGGGACGCCCAGAUCUCCGGCCGACUAUACGUGCACAUCUCCGGACGAGGAAUCGUCCACUUUUCACUCUUCAACCUGUCGCUUGGAUUCUGGACAGCAGCCCCAUCCCAGGAACAUGGAGGAUGAAAUUGAUUCUCUGGAUAAGAAAAUCAUUGCUGUGAUUGGGACGAUAUCUUCGUGUUAUACUAUGAGUGAUGGAUGGUAUCAUGGUGCAGGCGGUAUGAGACUUAUUUUUGAUAGGAUUUCUGUGGUGGAGGAGUACAAACACGUCACGAUAGAAAUGAUUAAGGAACGGAUUGAAAAAUUAGAACAGAUGGUUGAAGAUUUCUGUGUUAGGGUUAUGAGAUUAUUGCCCCCCAGAGUCCACGAAGUUCUGGGAAAAGAGAUGCCCUUGUUUCGGAAGAACUGGAAGCACCUUCCACUAAAAGAGAAAGAGGGGGAGCUCAAAGAGGGGUGGAGACGUCUGAGCACUCUUGGGAAGUACCUGAUCACUUUCACAAGCAUUAAAAUGCUGGGGCCAAACCGAGCUGUCAAUGAUGUUUACAUUGAAGUGCUGUCAUGGCCUGUUAUCGAUAUUUUGAAGCGGAAACUUGACCCUGUUAAGGCUGAUGGAGAAUGUGGACUAUUUGAAGGUAAACCAAAAGAUGUUGAAGCUGUCCGUGUUGAUUUUGGACUAAAUGAAUCACAGAGUGAUGCAGUAGCAAGUUGCAUUUCAGCAACUAAAUCUGAGAAAUCUUCUGUACAUCUAAUUUGGGGCCCACCUGGCACAGGAAAAACUAAAACAGUUUCAGUGAUUCUGUGUAAGCUUCUAAUGAUUCCUAGCAAACCUAGAAUUCUUAAUCGUGUUUAUACGAAUGAUAGAAAUAAAGAGGAAAGGCUGUUGCGAGAUUCACAACUUGUAUUUUGCACUCCUUUCAUGUCGACUAGGUUGAAAUGUCAGCAAUACGACAUCUUGAUUAUUGAUGAGGCAGCAUACUUAAAAGAAUGUGAGUCAAUGGUCCCUCUCUCAAUUGACGGGAUAAAACAUUUGGUGCUUAUUGGGGAUGACAAGCAGCUCCAAUCAGUGGUAAUGAGCCAGAUUGCUAAAGAGGCUAAGUAUGGACGAAGCCUCUUUGAGAGAUUGUGUGAAAUUGGUUACCACAAGCACUUGUUAAAUGUGCAAUAUAGAAUGCAUCCUUACAUCAGCAAGUUUCCAAAUACAACUUUUUAUGAUGGAAGAAUUAUAGAUGCCACUAAAAACACAGCUGCCAAGAUUUUUGUUGGCAAUAUUUUUGGCAAUUAUUCAUUCAUUAAUAUUGAAGAUGGUAUAGAAGAGCAGAUUGGUCAGAGUGUACAAAAUAUGGUUGAAGCUGCUGUAGCAACUACUAUUGUUUCCAAGCUUUCUAAAGCAUGCAGCAACCAGAAUAAGAAAGCCAGCGUUGGUGUUAUAUCUCUUUAUGCAGCCCAAGUGAAUGCUUUGAAAGAAAAUAUUGGAACGAUUCAGACUGAUGAGCUUCUUUCUGUUGAAGUAAAAACUGUUGAUUCAUUUCAAGGUGAUGAGAAGGAUAUCAUAAUACUUUCAACAGUUAGAAACAAUAAAGUUGGGAAUAUAGGCUUUCUAGAUUCUGGUGGGAGAGCUAAUGUGGCCUUGACAAGAGCAAGGGAUUGCCUUUGGAUUCUUGGAAAUGAAAAAACUCUCAUUAAGAGUAAUUCAGUAUGGUCUAAGCUAGUCCAAGAUGCGAAAGGUCGUUUCUCUUUCUUUGAUGCUCAUGCUGACCCGGAUCUUGAUAGUGUAAUUAGUGGCUUCAAAUCUAUGAACAGUCCAUCACCAUCUGGGUGCAGUCAGCUAAAUAUGCAACUCGCAAGUGAUAUCAUAAUAGAGGCUGGAAUAGAGGAAGUAGAAGCAGUCGUUGAUUUUUCUCCUUCAACAAAGAGGCUCUGUUCGUCGUGUGAGGACCAGCUUGAUUUGUCUCCUAGUCACAUUCCUUCAAGGAAGAGGCUCUGUUCUUCGCAUGAGGACCAGCUUGCCAGACCAAAAGUACGAGAACCUGAAGUUUCAAGCACCAUUCCUGAAGAGUCACCAGCCACAGACCCGUUGCUGUCAGCGGGGAUGCAGAUCGAGGUCCCCCUCCAGGACUCGCAAGGACAAUCUGCAGAUGUUGUUCCUGCUCCUCCCGGCCUGUGCUUCGAGUUGAUGCAAUCUAAGCAGAAAUCUGUAUCAAUAGCAGCAACAUCCGCGAUUAUUGGUGCAGCGCCAUCUUCCUCAUUUGAAGCCCCAGAGCAUCCGACUACCUUUGUAGUCACUGAGCCUAGUACUUUCCCACCUGGCGAUGUAUCAGCCCAUGAAGAAGCACUGAAUCUGAAAAUGGAGUUGGAGAAGAAACAUCAUGAUCAUAUAGCUACUUUUGUUGAACGAGAAAGGCAGAACUUGGCACUUCUGAAACAGAGCUUGGCACUUGUGAAACAGUCCAACCAACUUCUCGCCCGGGCAGAGUCUGCUGAAGCAAAGUCGGUUGAGGAGCAAGAGCGCUAUGCAAAACAAGAAGAAGAUCAUCUGGCUGCAAUUGCUGUCCUCCAGGAACAAGUUGACUCUCUAAAAGAGAAGAACAAGGAGCUAUCGGCUUCUCUAAAAGAGCGUGUUAAAGCUGAGGCCACAAUCAAGGAAGAAUUGACCAACGCAAAGAAUCUCCAGCACCAUCUGGACCAAGCUCUUCAGAUAGAGAAGAUCCUCAAAGAUCAUGUAGAGUCAGAGAGGAAGAUGGGCCAGGAUGCUGAUUCUCAACUAGUUGCUGCUAGGCAGCAGAUCCGAAAUCUGAGUACUCUCUUGGAGAAGUCCAUAGCAGAAAAAGAAGAAAUCAAGGUGGCUACCACCUCCAUUCUCCAAAUGGUCUCUGAAUUGCCUGAGAAUGAAGUUUCCAAUCCCUUGGAACAGAUGCCUGGUCUGAUCCAAGUAUACUGUAAGAAAGCAGCUAGAGUUUUUGCUUUGAAAGCACUUGGCUCAGUGAGAGCUUUCUUCCCCAGUCUUGAUCUUACUCCAGUUGGUGAGGGUAUACCAGAAGAUUGCUCAAGUGAAGAUUUAGCUGGUCACAUAGCUGCAAUGGAGUCUGUAGCGGAAAGGCUACUCGCUGACAAUGUGACCUAG